AUGGGAAGGGUUUUCAACGCACUCCUUAAAGUUGGUAUACUCUCUUUCUCUCUGACUAACACAGGAGCCCCUCCUCCCUCUCGGGGUCUCCAGGCCCGAGUCCCAGGAGGCAGCAGACCCUUACCGGACAAGCCUUCGCUGGCCAUCUUAUCUUCCUCCUUGUCUUCUUCCUCCUCGUCUUCCUCGUCGCGGCCUCCUCCCGUCUCCGUCUCCCCGCUGACUCCUCUCCCUUCGACACAGCAGGAGGCGGAGCUUCAGACUCCAGGAAGUAGCAGCGUGGAGCCGAGAGAUGACGAAGAUCAGCCAAUCAGUGUGGAGACCUGCAGGGCUCUGACCAAUGAGCUGCAGAGCUGCUUCAAGAGAGCCACACACCUGUACAGGAAGGUGAGAGGCUCCCCCUGCGAUGGCCCCGCCCCCCACCAGCAGCAGAUGGCCGUCGUCCUAUCAGAAGCCUUCCAGACCAUGAGGGCGGAGCUUGACUGUCUGCCGCUCGCCGCCCCAGCUGUAGAGGGGGGCGUCGGGGGGGAGAAGAUGGCCGCUCUGCUGGAGGAAUAUUCUCUUCUGCUGCUGCAGGCCGUGAACAGGAGGAUCAACAACUGAACACUACUCUUCAUCAUCUUCACACUCUUCUUCUCUACCUCUUCUUCCUAAUACUUGUUCCCCUUUUCCUUCCAUCUUUCUUUCCCUAUUUUCUGCUUCCUCUCGGUUAUUUUUCAUUUCCUCGCUCCUCGGGCUCGGUAUCACCGGAAGUUGAUUUGUCUGCGCCAUCUUGAGUACCGUCCCAGUGGCAUUAUUUGUGCCGGAGGACCGAGGAGUGAUAACGGAGGAACUACCAGACCGUCCUCCGGUGAAAUCCUCAGACACUCGUCCCGCCCCCUUACUGUGUAUCGCUCACUGAUUGGACGAUGCAGCGCAUGC